AUGAAUCAACAACGAAAAGACCAGAUAAAACAAUACUUUUUCGAGAAAUUUUAUUUUGCCGGCGAAAAGCAUCUCGCGUGUGCACGUGAUCGUUCUCGGCCAGAAAUCGCUCAAGUCAGUAUUAGAGAUGCCGCGUCAAAUUAUCGUAAGGCUUUGGUGGUUUUGGGCGGGGAACGCGCGGAUUUCGUAGCACGCCACGAAGCAGAACGUCUGAAAAAUAAAGUGUGGGAUAAAUACGACCAGUGUUGGAUUGGAUCCAAAGAUGACGGUAUCAGCUUAACCGAUAUCAUCGAGAGGGAGGUGGACAGAAGACUCUCCGAGGGAGCGCAGAAAAGGGGGGUGGAGGUCAAAAGCAACAUCAAAGAAUUUAAAUCAGGAUUAAACAUGGGACAUGUUAGCGACAUGGUAAUUAUGAGAUGUUGCGCGGACGAAGAUUAUGACAUCGUGAAACCGCCCGAUCUAAGUCUAUUGACGAAAUUUACCAAAGACCUGGUGACAAAAGGGGCAACCAACAUGUCUUCCCCUCCGUCUGCCAAAAGUUUAUUGAGAUCGUCUCGGAAAAAAAUCCCUCCGUGUUUUGUUGUUGGUGGAGAUAGCUUCGAAGACGAAAUGGACAUUAACGACGAUGUCUCCGAUGUUCAUUAUGACGGGCCGUCUCGAAUUUUUCAAAGAGAAACACGAAACGGCCUAAUUAUUAAUGCAAGAAAAAAUGAUCGGGUUCCAAUGGACGUGACUGAUGUGGAUGGCGAGGACGAUAAACUGCCAACCCGACGCGGUUCCUUUGUCACCGCUAGGAGCAAAUAUGUCGUUGGGAGUCAGAAGCAAGGUUACCAUUCGCCAUCACCUAGCAAACGAUGCCUAGAUGAUAAACCGUUUGCACCGGGGGUGCCCAAAAAGAAAAUGACAGGAGCCUUGAGUCAGUCCAUCAAAAAGGGAAAAUUCGUUUCGCCGUUAUUGAAACGUAAAGAAGAAAAUUCCGGGGGUGGCACCAAAUAUCGUAGGAACGAAUAUUCUUCUUCCAUUUGCAAGAGAGGCGAUGAGACGGAAGAAGAAAUAGACGAAAGACUAAAGAAUAUCGAUCCAAAGAUGAUUGAAUUAAUUCAAAAUGAGAUAAUGGAUAGAACUCUGGAUAUUACGUGGGAGGACAUAGCCGGACUCGAACACGCGAAGAAAACCAUUCAGGAGGCACCAAAAAUUCUAAUGUCCUCAACCGAUAGUGACAUCUUUAAAGGUCUGAGGGGACCUCCCAAAGGAUUGUUGCUUUUCGGACCGCCCGGAACAGGCAAGACGUUGAUUGGGAAGUCCAAUCGGGAGCGACCUUCUUCAGUAUUAGGUGGGUUUGGUUCUCAGAACGAAAAUAUGAAUCAAUUUGAACUAAUCGUGGCAAACAAACUGUACAUUAGCUCCUCAUCCUUAACCUCCAAAUGGGUUGGCGAUGGCGAAAAAAUGGUUCGAGCCUUAUUUGCCGUAGCAAGAGUUAAUCAACCCGCGGUGGUCUUCGUAGACGAGAGGACGGAUGGUGAAUUUGAAGCUUCGAGACGUAUUAAGACCGAAUUCCUGGAUGGUGUGAAAACCGCCGGUCUAGAAGAGGAUCGAAUAUUAAUUGUGGGUGCCACAAACAGGCCACAAGAAAUUGAUGAGGCUGCACGUCGCCGGUUCCGCAAGAGACUCUACAUCCCUCUGCCAGAGGAUAACGGAAGAUAUGAGAUCAUCAAGAACUUGCUGAAGGCGCAAAAACAUUCAUUGACUGAUGAAGAGAUUCGCGCAAAAAAGCAUGCCACUUCUUUGUCACCUACGAUCCGUUCUAUAUAUGAUAAGGUUACUCUGGUUCCGACAUGGAUGGACUUUGUCGAGGCCGCAUUGGGGCCAAUACGCGUUAUCGGGGACAUAAGAAAUAUUGCAGCGGAUGACGUAAGGCCAAUUAACUAUCAAGACUUCUUGGACGCACUAACUCAAGUUCGUGCGAGCGUAAGCGAUCGUGACCUGGAAUUAUAUCAAAAAUGGAACCAAGAAUAUGGAAGCUUGUCGUAG